CUCUCUCUCUCUCUCUCUCUCUCUCUCUCUCUCUCGCUCGCCCCAAUUUCAAACCCUCGUCUCUCGCUCUCUCUCUCUGAUCUGACUAUGUGCUUCGUCUUCAUAUUCUGAGCUGAUUGACAGCUAGUAUCAUUUUGAUUUGGUGCAGUUGUCGUUCGUGCAAAAAUGGAUUGAAAUUUUCUUCUUUUGGAUCUGUGUUCAUAGUGAUCUGUAAGGCACUUUAAAGAUUUGAAAUUGACCGUCCGUUUGUGCUGAUUUCAGCGUACGUGUGGAAUUUGCUUGACAUAUCUAUCUCCCAUGAGGUCGUAUCUGUCGAUUUUUAGUUUUCUGUUAUUGGGCUUGUUGGUGAUUCGUUUAAUCUCGGCUGCCGAUUAUGUCCCGACUGAUAAAAUUCUUCUCAACUGUGGGGGUCCUCCUGAUUCAACCGAUCCUGAUGGUCUGAAAUGGACCUCCGAUAUCGGCUCGAUGUUUGCGGUGGCCAAUGGGAAGUCAUCAACUUUUCCAGCCGCUACUCAAAAACCCUCUGUACCCGAAGUCCCUUUUAUGACCGCCCGGAUUUUCCAGUCCGAAUUCACAUAUAGUUUCCCAGUAGCCUCUGGCCGUAAAUUUGUCCGUUUGUACUUCUACCCUUCAUCUUAUGCGGGGUUCAAUGCCUCGAAUUCUUUCUUCUCGGUGACUGCUGGCCCAUAUACCCUUCUCAAGAACUUCAGUGCAGCCCAAACUGCUGAAGCUCUGACCUAUGAUUUUAUUGUUAAGGAGUACUCUAUAAAUGUUCCAUCCCAGACAUUAAACUUAACCUUCACGCCGGAUCCAAAUACUCCCAAUUCUUCUGCAUUUGUGAAUGGGAUUGAGGUUAUAUCACAUCCUGACAUCUACAAUACUGAAGAUGGAACUUCAAUGAUUGUGGGCCAAUCUACAGCAUUCAUCAUUGACAAUACUACUGCUCUCGAGAACAUAUAUCGGCUGAAUGUGGGUGGAAAUGACAUUUCCCCAUCUGGUGAUACUGGUAUGUUAAGGUCCUGGUAUGAUGACACACCAUACAUAUUUGCGGCGGCAAUUGGGGUUACAGAGGCUGCUGACCCAAAUAUGACAAUCAGUUAUCCUACGGGCACACCAACCUAUGUUGCGCCAGUUGACGUCUACGGUACUGCUAGAACAAUGGGCCCAGAUUACCAUAUCAACGAGAAUUACAAUUUGAGUUGGACUUUCUUAGUCGAUUCGGGAUUCUCUUACUUGGUUAGACUCCAUUUCUGCGAGGUUGCUGAAAAUAUAACUCGAAUUAAUCAACGAGUGUUUGAGAUCUUCCUUAAUAAUCAGACAGCAGAGACUGAGGCAGAUGUGAUUGCUUGGGCACAACACAAUGGAGUUCCGGUCCACAAGGAUUAUGUGGUGCUUGUUCCUACUGGGCCUCCACAGCAGGAUCUUGGGCUUGCCCUGCAUCCAAACAUUGCAUCAAAGUCAAAUUAUUAUGAUGCGAUCUUGAAUGGGGUAGAGAUUUUCAAAGUAAAUAAUAGUAAUGGGAAUCUUGCUGGUCCCAAUCCAGUCCCUGUGAUACAAGAAGUAAUCGACCCAUCACGAACUGAACCAUCAUCCAAAUCAGGUGAAUCAAAGAAUAAAAACGCAGUUAUUGGUGGAGGUGUUGGUGGUGGUAUCGUUGCACUGAUUAUUGUUGGUUUGCUAGUUUGUGCUGUUUCCCGUCGCCGUAGGCACAGAAAGGACUCAAGUGCAAGCGAUGGACCAUCAGGGUGGCUCCCUCUUUCUUUGUAUGGAAAUUCACACUCUUCAGGCUCAGCAAAGACAAACACUACAGGAAGUUAUGCCUCCUCCCUCCCUUCAAACCUUUGUCGUCAUUUUUCAUUUGCCGAGAUCAAGACUGCCACCAACAACUUUGACGAGGCUUUGCUACUUGGGGUAGGAGGUUUUGGAAAAGUUUACAGGGGAGAUAUUGAUGGUGGAACGACUAAAGUUGCGAUUAAGCGUGGGAACCCGCUCUCUGAACAAGGUGUCCAUGAAUUCCAAACUGAAAUUGAAAUGCUUUCAAAACUUCGGCACCGCCACCUUGUUUCACUGAUUGGUUAUUGCGAAGAGAACUGUGAGAUGAUCCUUGUAUAUGAUUACAUGGCUCAUGGAACCUUGCGUGAGCAUCUUUACAAAACCCAAAAGCCCCCUCUACCAUGGAAGCAGAGGCUAGAAAUUUGCAUUGGAGCUGCUCGCGGUUUACACUAUCUCCACACUGGCGCCAAGCACACUAUUAUCCACCGUGAUGUUAAGACAACUAAUAUCCUCCUGGACGAGAAGUGGGUGGCGAAGGUUUCUGAUUUUGGGUUGUCAAAAACAGGUCCUACCUUGGAUCACACUCAUGUCAGCACUGUGGUGAAGGGUAGCUUUGGGUAUUUGGAUCCGGAAUACUUCCGGCGGCAGCAACUGACAGAAAAAUCUGAUGUUUACUCAUUUGGAGUUGUACUUUUCGAGAUUUUGUGUGCUCGUCCAGCAUUGAACCCGACACUGCUGAAGGAGCAGGUGAGUUUGGCAGAGUGGGCUUUACAUUGCCAUAAAAAGGGCAUUCUUGAUCAGAUUAUUGACCCAUAUCUGAAAGGGAAGAUUGCACCAGAGUGCUUCAAGAAGGUUGCUGAGAGUGCAGUGAAGUGUGUGGCUGAUCAGGGUAUUGACAGGCCAUCAAUGGGUGAUGUGUUGUGGAACCUCGAGUUUGCUUUGCAGCUUCAGGAGAGUGCAGAGGAGAGUGGUAAGGGUAUGGGCAGAAUGGACAUUGAAGAGGGGUCAUUUGAUGUGGCCUGUAAGGGAAAGAAAGAUCCAGAUGCAUCCCCAGGUUUUGAUGGCAAUGUUAUGGACUCGAGGAGCACUGGGAUGUCAAUGAGCAUUGGUGGUCGGAGCCUUGCUAGUGAAGACUCGGAUGGGUUGACACCAAGUGCUGUGUUUUCACAGAUCAUGAACCCAAAAGGACGUUGAGCUCUAAAGGCGAUUCACCAUUGCACUUGCCUCUGGUUGCUGAUUCCCUGUAAGGCCUUAUGCUUUCUAGUUUUUGUUGACAGUGAAAGUGUAGUCUCUGUUAACAGUGGGAAGUUACUUUUUGUUUUGUCUUACUGUUCUAUUGCUUACUAUUUUAUUAUUUGGGAUUCCCAGUAACUUUCAUGAAAUCCUUUUGUAUGUUGUAUUCUAUUCUACAAUACAUGAAGAUUAUGAAAAUAAUGUGAUGUUCUU